GUGAUUUUAAUAAAUAACAGUUUACCAUUAACCUUAGUAUUCUUUAAUGUGGAUAUACAUUUAAAUAUUACAGGUCUCUUAACGAUCAUUUGCUGACGGGCCCCGAUCUACUAAAAUCGCUACCCGGGGUCCUGAUGCGGUUCCGUCAACAUCCAGUGGCUGUAACCGCGGAUAUAGCAGAGAUGUUCAUACAAGUAAAGGUCCAAAAAGAAGAUCGCGACGCUCAACGGUAUCUAUGGAGAGGCUCCGCGAGGGGAAACCAACCGCCACAAGAAUACAGAAUGACGUCGCUCAUCUUCGGAGCGACAUCUUCCCCCGCGACGGCUAUCUACAUAAAGGACACAAACGCCAAAACAUACCAAGAAUUGAACCCGGCAACUUAUGAGGCUAUAGUAAAAUGCCAUUAUGUAGAUGACUAUCUACAAAGUUUCAAAACUGUAGAAGAAGCGAUUCGAACAACAUGCGACGUUCGAGAUAUCAACAGAGAAGCGCACUACGAGCUGUGGCAAUGGGCCUCAAAUAGUCAUAGCGUAGCAAUAGCUGUGGGUGCCUCCGGAUAAUAGCCGAACGUAUUACUCGAAGAAAUGUUCGAGAGAGUCUUGGGACUGAAAUGGAAUCCCCAAGCUGACUAUUUGUCGUUCAACUUGGGGCUAGAGAGACUUCCCGAGAACAUCGUGGAGGGUAAGGAGCCUUCCAAGAGCGACAUAUUGAGAGUUAUGUCUCUCUUUGACGCGCUUGGCUUCGCCGCGCCGAUAACUGUACGCGCGAAGCAAUUCCUUCAAGAAACGUGGCGUCGAGGUGUCAAUUGUGACGAUCAUCUGGAAAACAGUCUAGCGGAACAGUGGCGUGAGUGGAUGACACACCUUCGAGCUUUUGAGAACAUCAAGAUCGCGAGAUUUUACCGCCUCUAUAGCGACGCUGUAAGCAUUCAGCUUCACACAUUCGUCGACGCCAGUGAAACCUCAUACGCAUUAUACUGGCGUAUAACAACCGAAGACGGGAGCGUACACACAUCGCUAGUGCUCGCCAAGGCAAGAGUCGUCCCGCUGAAGUUGACAUCUGUACCUCGGCUAGAACUACAAGCCGCGGUAAUGGGAUGUCGCAUGGCAGCAGCCGUGAUAGAGGAGUAUGACCAAAGGGUAAACGAGAGGAUCUAUUGGACAGACAGCCGCACCGUUCUCGCUUGGAUACAUAACGGUGCCCGCUCGUAUCGGCUAUAUGUCGCGCACCGCAUCGCCGAUAUAGAGGAAAACAGUAAAGUCGAUGAAUUGAGAUGGGUGCCAACCAAGUUUUGGGCUCUGAUGAUAAGGGAACAUAUUAUUUCUGAAUUUCUCAAUAUUGAGAUGUGCCUUUUGGAAUGGAUAAAACGAACUCUCGAUAUAAACAUUCCCAUAAAUGGACCUCUGUUGAAAGAAAAAUCAAAAGAGUUUGCUACAAAAUUGGGAAUCCAGAACUUUUCUGCUGGCAACGGCUGGCGUCAUGAUAUAGCUUUCAAAAAAAAACAGCUGGGGAAAGUAAAUCUGUGAACCAAACUGUGUGUAACCACUGGCUUGAAGAUCUGCCAAAUCUUCUAAAACCAGACGAUAUUUACAACGCGGUAAAUAUUUACGUUUAUAGGCGAAAAAUGCCAUGGAGGAAAACAAAGUAAAAAACGCCUUACACUUCUUCAGUGUAUAAACAUGAGUGGUAUGGACAAACUUCCACUUAUUAUCGCGAAAUCAAGGCAA